UUAAUGUGAAGAAGCAUGUCAAUUAUGUAUAGCAGUUUUGCUUUUAAAUGUUUGGCCUGUGAUAUUCAUGGUUGAAAAUAGCCUCUAUGUGCAUGUUUAAUGGUCAUAUAUGUCUAUAAUUUACUUCAUUUAAUGUACUUCUGCUUUCAUUUUUUUAUAAGACUGUUCCAGCCACAUCGUAUUAUCGCCGCAGAGGAGAGUAACCUACAGUGCCUUACAGGAGAGAGUCUUGUUAGGAAGUCAGUCAUUAGUGGGUAGUUGUGGGUACUCAUGGCAUCGUCAGACCACCAAGGAAACAAGGACCCCACAAGCACCUCCCGAACAGAUGGGACGCCGUCCCCUGGCACAUCUUGCCCCGUCCACAGCCACGCUGCUGAAGAAGCGAAGCGGAACGGCUUGAGGAAAGCCCUGGUCAGACAUCGAGACUAUGUCAAAAUCUCUGUGCCUGAAGGAAAGGGCAACCGUUUGCCAUCAGAAUGGUGGAAGACGUUCAUCGCUUUGUUUUAUGCUGUUUUGAACCUGGUUUUGACCACGGUUAUGAUCACAGUGGUUCAUGAGAGAGUACCACCCAAGGAGAGCAGCCCACCGCUGCCGGAUAAGUUCUUUGACUAUAUAGACCGCGUGCAGUGGGCGUUUACAGUGACUGAGGUCAAUGGAAUGGUUCUGGUGUCUAUAUGGUCCAUUCAAUUGCUCUUUCACAGAUACAAGGCUAUUGUAGCAAGACGAUAUUUCUUCCUUUUGGGCACAUUGUACAUGUAUAGAUGUGUAACCAUGUACGUCACCACUCUACCUGUGCCUGGCAUGCACAUGGUCUGUGCACCAAAGCUCCAAGGAGAUUCCCAGGCAAAGCUGCAGCGUGUUCUGCAGUUGCUCUCUGGUGGUGGAUUAUCAAUCACCGGGUCUCAUCUGUUGUGCGGCGACUUCCUGUACAGUGGCCACACUGUCAUUCUCACGCUUACGUACCUCUUCCUCAAGGAGUAUUCUCCUCGUUCUUUCUGGUGGUACCAUCUUCUGUGUUGGUUAACGGCUGCUGUGGGUGCCGUGUGUAUCCUGGUGGCCCAUGAGCACUACAGUGUGGAUGUGGUGGUGGCGUAUUUCAUCACCACCCGACUGUUCUACUGGUAUCACACUAUGGCUAAUCUGCAGGUACAUGUAUCAGUAAUAUGAAAUAAUAGAAAUGCUCAAA